AUGGCCGUCUUGGCUCCUUUAGUCAGUGCCAAUCGUGCUCUAUUUGAUGAAGACACCAACCUGCAAAGAUGUUCAGGCAUGUAUGCCAAACAUGACUGGGGUGGUUCUUACAAGCCGCAGAUUUCAUUGCUGUUACUGCAAUUUGACAAAUACAAAUACGACUCCAAGAAGGACAAUGCCGAAGAACACGACGAAGACAUUUCUGUGAGCUUCAUUAUUUUCGAAUACAAGGACCUCGGCAAUAUCGGCGUGGAAUUGAGUGAUGGAUCCAGCAAGUACAUCUGCGAUGACUAUGCGAUUGAUACCUUGGGAAUCUGUGAAGCUAAGCAGAAGGGUAAAUUCUUGCUCAAUUCCAAUAGCACCAACUCUACCAUUAUGACUUCCCAGUUGAUCCAUUUGGGGCCUUCUGAUAUACAUUACUCCGUCAACAGGACUGGAUACUACUGUGUCUCGACGUAUAACUUCGAUAAAAAGUACAGAGGAGUCAUCAACUUCCAGAACGCUUUUGGCCAAUUGAGUGCCUCUGAAAUUCCCAAAUUGCCAGCUUACGGUAUUCUCACUUUGUGCUAUGCUAUAGCUCUAGCUUUGUUCGGGUUCCAGUUCUUCAAAAAGAGAAAGGAAAACCAGAUUCUCCCAUUGCAGAGAUACUUGUUGGCCAUGUUGGGCUUUUUAGCUUUUGACACUAUGGUUGUGUGGUCCUACUACGACUUGGUCAACCGAACCAAGAACCCUUCCAACGCCUUCGUAACUUUCUACAUGUUUUUCUUAUCGCUAAUGAAUGCUGCGAAAAUCACCUUCUCGUUCUUUUUGCUUUUGUGCAUUUCCUUGGGCUACGGUGUAGUCUUGUUGAAGUUGGACAAGAAAACAAUGCUUAAAUGUAAAAUCUUGGGAGUUGUCCACUUUGUGGCCUCUAUAGUGUAUUUGGUAGCCACUUACUAUGGUGGAUCCUCAAAGUCAACUACUUCCGGAGGCAACAUUGGUGAAGGAAGCAUGGGUAGCUUUUUGGGAUUGUUACCUUUGAUCCCAGUCACUAUCACAUUAACAAUUUACUACAUUGCGAUCUUGGUGUCUAUUAAAAAGACCACUGCGAACUUACACAAGCAACGCCAAAUCAUUAAAUUGCAGUUGUACGAAAACUUGUUCAGAAUUAUUUUCUUUUCUGUCGUGUUAACCUUCGGUGGGCUCAUUUUGUCUUCCAUAGUCUAUUUGAGCAUGUCCACUACUGACAUGAUCGAAGAACACUGGAAGAGUGCAUUCUUUAUUUUUGAGUUCUGGCCCAGUGUGAUUUUCUUCUUCGUUUUUAUGGGUAUUGCCUGGUUGUGGAGACCUACUGAAACAAGUUACAUGUUGGCUAUUUCUCAGCAAUUAUCCACUGGCGAAGGAUUAGACGACGAAGCAGAUGGACAGGGUUACCAACAAGGUGGGCACGAAUUCGAAUUGGACGACUUGUCUUUAAUCAGUCAUAGUGACGAUGAAGCAAGGGGCCCUGGUAACGCUGAACACGACAGUUUCGAAUUGUCCAGAGAAGCUCAACCUUUCCCCAAGUCUACCGAUGGGCCUCCAGGAUACAGUGAAGUGAAUGGAAAGGAAAACCCAUUCAAUGAUCCAGAGAAUCCCUUUGAAGAAAAUAGCUCAAGAACCGAAGGUAAUACAUUAUUUGAAUUGGGAGAAGAUGACGAGGACGAUUCACGUUUAGUUGAAGACAAUGAUAAUGAGGUUGUAGAUGACAGAUUAAAGGAUGCUAGACACAAAGAGUAG